AUGUCAUUAAAUUUCUUACCUGGUCGUCCUAACUGUAAACAGCAGUCCGUAUGUCAGGCACUAUGGCAAGGUCAUACACUAUUUGCCUACUGUUCAGGUAAUAACCUUAUUAUAUUUUCAAAUCAGUUUACAAGAUUACAAACCAUAUAUUUGGAUAAAGAUUGUAACGCUGUGGAUAUUAACUCGGAAAAUGGAUUUAUUGCCUUGAGUUAUGCCUCACAAGUCGAAAUCUAUAAGCCAAUUCAUCAGAUAAUGAAAAAUCCAAAGUGGGCAUUUUGUUGUUCAGUUUUCCAUGACAACUCUGAAGUUAAUUGUCUCAAAUGGGGGUCUAAUAAUGAGCUUGUCAUUGGCUCUGACUUCUUAUCAUUCUGGAAAAUCAAUGAUAACUUUGGGGAGUAUGAACCCGUUCUUUUAUGGAAUAAGAAACAGUCUAAAUCAGUCUACAAUGUUGCAAUUUCACAAGAUUCUCAACUGAUCACCAGUUACAGUAAAUUCGACAGGACAGUAAAGCUUUGGAGAAGAAUCUCAUUAAGUGGGGAUCAAGAUAUCUUUAAUUUGAUUUUGUUGCCCCAUCCUGAUCAUGUUACCAUGGUACGAUGGAGGAAAACUGCAAGCAAGCAAUCUGUACAGCUACUAUACACAUUAUGUUCUGAUAAGACUCUCAGGAUCUGGUCCUACUUGAACAUUGAAACUGAUAAGCCAACGCUUCAACAGUGGGGAACAUUGAAGCUGGAUGUAACCCAGAAAUACUGUGCGAUUCUAGAUAAUUGGAUCUUGGAGAAAGUACUAUUUAAUGAUAAGACCCAGUUCAGAGAACUUCUCCCGACAAAACCAGAAUUGGUACUUUUAGGAACAAAUGAGGGUAAAAUUGAAAUAAUAGCUUUAGAAAACUUAUCAAUCAACCCGCUCCAACCAAUUAGUUACAGGAAGCUUUUGUCAGUGGCACUCCCACAUCCAACCUUUGUUCACCGCCCAACUUAUAUACAUUUUGCAGAAAUUCAACCCUAUGAUGAUCACGGAGCAAAGGUGUCCUUAAUUGUACACGACCUGGAAGGUGUUAUCAGGCAUUCUGUCAUGGAUUUAAGCUUGCUCCUGAAGGAACCCUUGCAAAAUAUGCGUACUUCUGAGUUUGCUAUUUUGCAACAUAAAUUUACAGGUCAUAAUAAAUCUAUUCAAAAGCUUAUCAGGAGUAGCGAUGGUGAGGCAGUUCUGACACUUUCUAGAUUUUCUGAAAAUUGUGUCUGGAUUCCUCAAGAUUUACCGAAAGGAGGAACAUCCUUGGUUCUUAAAAACAUUAUAAGGACGGAGGCACCUAUUAAGUUAGCUGUAGUUCAUGAAAAAGGCGGUCUUGUCAUCUGUUUAUUGGAAAAUCACAAAAUUCAGGCCUGGGAAUGCCCAGACGAUCAUCGAACAAAUAAAAAGAAGUCUUUCUUGAAAAGCGAAUAUCAAUUAGAAGCCUUUGAAGUGGAACCUUUAUUGAUAUUGAAUACCCCUGAGACAAGGCAUAGCCAUGAACGACACUUCAUAGCAAUUAUCUUUUCAAAUGGUUUUAUCAAAGGUUUUGAAGUUUCCUCAAGUAAGGGCAUAUGUGAAGUUGGGUCUGAUUCUUUUAACAUAGCCGAUAUUUUUAACAUUUCAACCAUAGACCCUGUUCAUACGUCUUAUAUUAGUAACCGGGCCUUGGUCUCUGUUGUGACGAAGAAGGGAGUUGUAACAACUUAUAAAGCCAUGGUUGACUUGGAGAGAAGAUAUAUUACGUGGAUCAAAUCAUCGGAGCUCGUUACAGGAAUGACUUCACCAACAUUUGUACGAGGGUCCUCAACAAAUAAGCUCUGUACUGUGGAUUCUUCUGGUAAGAAGAUGUGUUUUUGGGAUUUAAAUAGAGGUGUUCUUGAAUACCAGGAAACAUUUGAUAAUGCUAUAGAGGAUAUAGAUUGGACAAGCACCGAAUUAGGUCAAAGUAUAGUCUCUAUUGGCUUUACUGGGUAUGCUUUACUAUAUACCCAGGUACGAUAUGACUAUACAAAUUCCAUUCCUAGUUACUUGCCCGUAGAAAAAAUAGACAUUACCUCUAACACUUCUCAUAAUAUUGGUGAUUCAAUAUGGUUAAAGAAUGGUAUAUUUGUGGUUGCUUCUGGGAAUCAGUUAUAUAUCAAGGAUAAAUCAUUAGACAUGAGCGACCCAUUCACAAGUGCAUCAGUCGGAUCGAGAAAAAUACUUUCAAACGAUGUUCUGCAUCUAAACAGCGUUCUGAAUGGGCCACUUCCUGUGUACCAUCCUCAAUUUGUGAUUCAAGCAAUAUACUUGAAAAAGUUAAAAUUGACAAAGGAAAUCUUUCUGCGUCUGUUUUUGGAACUGAGAAAGUUGGAUUUGCAAUCCAAAGAUGUAACAAAGUGGCUUCCAUCCAACUUAAAUUUAGAGUCGAAGAAGUUUUUUAUUGAGAGGGAUAGGGAUUAUCCAGUUGAAAUUUUUCCAGAUCCAUAUCCUGAAUUCAAUAGGACAGUUGCCACUGCAUUAUCUAAAGCUUUGACCACUAUUGCGCUUCCAUAUUUGACUCGUCACCAACAAAUAACUCUAAUCACCGUUAUUGAGUUUCUUGAAGGAAUACUUAAGGAUGAACAAAGUGUAGAUUACAACGGUAUUAGAUUUUUACUUGGUGUCAAGCUAUUUCAGUCUCAUAGAAAAGUCCAACAGCAUUUAUUAAUGAGAGACGUCUCGUGGGCCUUACAUUCAGAUAAUAAGGAAGUACUAUUGUCUAAUCUGAAUAAUCAUAUAACAUCUUGGAAGAGGGCCCAGCAAUAUAAAAUUGCAUUUUGGGCUACUGAAGAAGAUCUUCGGAGAAAGUUUGAAGAGAUUGCAAGGUUUGAAUUUACCAAAAAUGAGACCAAAGAUCCAUCGAGGUGUUCUAUUUUUUAUCUGGCUUUAAAGAAAAAGCAAGUGCUGUUGAAUCUCUGGAAGAUGAGUAUAGGCCAUCCAGAGCAGCAGAAGCUUGUGAAAUUUUUAUCAAAUGAUUUCAACGAAACAAGAUGGAAAACAGCUGCGUUGAAGAAUGCAUUUGCUCUAAUGAGUAAACAUCGUUAUUUAGAUGCAGCAACUUUCUUCCUUUUGGCAGAUUCGUUGAAAGAUUCUGUUAAUGUUCUAUAUAAGCAAGUGGGUGAUUUGGAUUUAGCCAUAGGUACCUGUAGGAUAUUUGAGGGUGAUAAUGGGCCCGUGUUGGGCGAACUUCUCAGAACAGGACUGCUACCUAACGCAAUUUUGCAAAAUGACAGGUGGACCUGCAGUUUUAUAUACUGGAAACUGAAGAAGAAGGAAGUAGCAAUAAAAGCAUUAGUGACUCCACCGAUAGAUUUAGAAAAUAAUAAGCAAUUAGUUUCAAAAGAAGAACUAGUUAAUAAGUCCUUUUUGGUAGAAGAUCCGGGCCUCUUAUAUCUCUAUGCCACACUUAGAAAGAGAAAUGUUAAAUACUUUAUUGGCUCCAUAGAACUUGGCAAUAAAUCAGAAUAUGGUUUGAUAUUAAGAGUUGCUGAAAUUUUACGCAGAAUGGGUUGUAAUUAUCUAGCUGUGUCGCUAGUAAAGAACUGGAAGUUCAUAGAAGCGGAAAGUGCUGUUCGGAGGAUAAAGCAGGAGGCGAAUAUACCUGGGGUAAAUAAUCUAAAUGUUGAACUCACAAGUAGUGCCAGAAUACGUCCUAGUUUGUUUGAUAUGUUUGACAACAGAAAAAUUAUGUCAAAGCUAGAUAAUGUUACAUCGAACUCCUCACCUGUGACACCAAAUAUUUUGGAGAAUUUCUUACCAUCUUCAUCAAUCUCAAAUGUUUCCAUCGACAAUUCUAGAAGCGGGCAGCCAAAAAGCCUACUUGCUGAUUUUAUGGGACAAGAUGUUGACAGAAAUUCAAAGAAACCUACAAGCCUAUUAGACGAUUUUAUGACUCCGAAGAACGAGCAGAAGAAACAAGAAUCACCAAGAAAUCGUUUGGACAAUUUCACGAAGCCAAAGACCAACAUUAAAAAGAAGUCCGUGGCAACUAAUGCAGCACCAAGAAAUUUGCUAGACGAUUUUAUGUAA